CCAGGUAAUUCUGUUUUUGUUUUGGAUUUCCAGCAUCCGCAGUUUUUUUGUUUUUAUCUCUGUGGGCAACAAACCGAGUCGGAGCUGCGACAAAGUCGAACACGUGGCAGCCGCGGAACCUCGCCCUGCAAUCUGAUUGGCGGCAAUGUCAACUGCGCGUAUGAAUGAUUGACAGCCUUUUGGACCAAUCAAGUGGAAAUAUUCAAAUAACAAGCUAGCGUCCGGAGAUCUCCAGGGCCGCAGUGUUUUCGUGGUGUUGUGGAGUUAACCGAUCACCUCGGAGAGAAGUUGCUUUUCUCAUAUCUACAGUGUCCAAUUUCUCUGGCAAAUGGCUUCCUCGACUUCUUUCAACACAACUGUCCUAUUCAAACAGGAGAAAAGUUUUGGGUAUCGAAUUCCUGCACUGCUCCACAUUCCGGACACAGGCACGCUUUUAGCAUUUGCUGAGAAGAGAUUAGGCUCCCGGGACGAAGAUGCUGAUGCACUCAUGCUCCGAAGGGGCACGUAUAAAAAGGCUUUAAAGAAUUUUGAGUGGGAAGAUGUGACAGCAAUUGAGUCUGCACGACUAAAGAAGCAUCGAUCCAUGAAUCCUUGUCCUGUCUAUGACAAAGAUACAGGCACUGUCUUCCUCUUCUUCAUUGCUGUCUUUGGAAAUACACCUGAGCAGCAUCAAAUAAGAACUGGGAAAAAUGUCACACGACUUUGCUUUGUCACCAGCAAGAACAAAGGACAGAAUUGGAGCAAUCCUACUAAUCUGACAGAUUGUACUAUAGGUCAGUAUGUUGACAAGUGGGCAACAUUUGCUGUGGGGCCAGGCCAUGGUAUUCAGCUCAGGUCUGGACGCCUUAUCAUUCCUGCCCAUGCUUACGAGAAACAAUCAGAUGGCCAAGUCAUGUCUCGUGUUUUCACAUUCUUUAGUGACAAUCAUGGAGACAGCUGGAAUUUCGGGGACUUUGUUUCCAGAGAGGAGUGUGGGGAAUGUCAGAUGGUGUCAAUGGAUCAAGGCAAUGGAUCUGGUAUUCUGUACUGCAAUGCUCGGAGCAUUAAGCAUGGUGAAAAACAGUAUCGGGUGCAAGCUUUCAGCACAGAUGGUGGAUGUACCUUUACAGAAGGGCAUCUGGUGAAAAAGCUAGUUGAACCCCCAAAUGGUUGCCAUGGCAGUAUCAUCCACUUUCCAGCAUCAAAAAUUUCACAUGUCAAUAUUUAUCCUGCCAUUAAAGAAUAUCAUUGUCAGCAGGAGAAAGAUACUUCAAAAUUAACAGAAAAUUUUGAGAUUAUAUUAUUCUCACAUACUACAAACUUCAAAUCACGCAGGGAUUUAGGAAUUUAUCUUAGUACAUGUCCAGGUAGUUCUCAUACCUGGACAGAGCCGUGGGUCAUUUAUCCUGGUCCGAGCGCCUACUCGGAACUAGCUUUUGUUAAAUUUCCUGGGGAAGAAAUUCCUCUUGUUACUUGCUUGUUUGAAUGUGGCUCCAAAUUUGAAUGUGAACAAAUCUCAUUCAGUGUAUUCCAAAUUGAUGAGGUUAUUAAGAACAUUCUAAAGAAUGCAACAGGUUAAAUCAACCAGAAAACAAUGUGUGAUUUCUUAAUGCUGUAAAGGAAAUGCACAUGCAGAUGAAAUCAUGGUUUUUCCACUUCAAAGCUUGUAUAUUGAUCAGCUUACUUUGCAUGCUAACCACAACAAUGCAACUUGCUUACAGUCGUUAACUUUGAAAUGAAAAUAUUUGUCUUAUUGAGCUUGUUUGCAGAUAGACUGUGUAGCAACAAUAUUAUCAAACAUCAGUCAAUUGCUGCACACUUUUCAAACCUGGCAAGUCAUUUUACAAUGUUUACUGUUACAAUUUAACUUUCUCCCAACACUUGUAAGUUGUGCUCACAGCAGAGGCAGCUUCCAAAUGCAGUCUUAAGUCUUUAUAUGGGAUUGUGGCAUGGACUAACAUUACCCCUUACCUAUGGCACUUGAUGAGUAAUAUUGCCAGAGAUCACCUGGCGCUGCUUACUCCAAAAGGAGGCAAAUAUUACAGUCAGACCACUAUUUUCAUGCUAAAAGUAAAUAGAUUUAGUUACAGGUAGAUUUAAUAUACAGAAGCAACAAGUUAUUGAUAAUACAAAUACCUAGAAAAUAAUAGAAUGAGUCCAGAAGAGAUGACAAGACCCUUAGCAGAACAUUUUUAUACCGUUCAUUUGCAUGAACAGUUGUAGCCCUUUAGGCUGAUGUGGUUGAAUGUAGAUGAUGGAAACUAUCUGACUAUUGCACAAGAUUCCAGCGGCCUAAUAAAAUGAACUAAAACUAAAAAA